AUGGCCGCCGUCGCCUCUUCCUCUGCUGUCCGCGUGGCUGCCGUGUUCGGCGCCAAGAACCAGAAGCUCAACGCCAAGAGCUUCGCCGGCGCUUCCCUCGCCGUGAAGGCCGCUCCCGCGCGCCUGACCAUGGCUGCGGAGGCUCCCGCCGGCUUCUCCCCUCCCGAGCUGAAGUCCGACACGCCGUCGCCCAUCUUCGGCGGCAGCACCGGCGGCCUUCUCCGCAAGGCCCAGGUCGAGGAGUUCUACGUGAUCACGUGGGAGGCCAAGAAGGAGCAGAUCUUCGAGAUGCCCACCGGUGGUGCCGCCAUCAUGCGCGCGGGCCCCAACCUUCUGAAGCUCGCCAGGAAGGAGCAGUGCCUCGCGCUCGGCACCCAGCUCCGGACAAAGUUCAAGAUCAACUACCAGUUCUACCGCGUGUUCCCCAGCGGCGAGGUGCAGUACCUGCACCCCAAGGACGGCGUGUACCCCGAGAAGGUGAAUGCUGGCCGUGCCAACGCCAACGUGAACCUGCGCUCCAUCGGCAAGAACAUCUGGGUGGUGGGCGGCAGCGACGAGCGCGCCGUGAAGCACGACGUGUUCGCUUUCAACACGCGCACCCGGGAGUGGAGGCAGGUGCAGACACGUGGCAGGUAUGCAGAGUACCCACGUGUCACACAUGCUGCCGUGGUGCAUCCACAGCAUGCCACGUGGCUGCUCAUCCACGGGGGAUACGGUGGCAACGGACCCACGCUCGAGUUCCUCGAUGAUCUCUGUGUACUCGAUACAGACUCGCUGAGCUGGCAUGACCUGAGCCCCUCAGGCUCCCCGCCCCCUGCGCGCGGCUACCACUCCAUGACAAACCUUGCCGGCCGCGCCAUUGUCUUUGGGGGGAAGACCAAGCAGCGGGCCGACAAGGAGCAGCACAGCCUCUGGUACGUCCCUGGCACGCUUACUCUAGGUGAGCUUCAGGUGCUCUUGCACCCCUUCCACCUCAUCCUCCCCCAUUGCCCCAUGCCCCAUGCCCACCAGUCCUCCCUGCUCCUCUCUACGCCUCCCCACCCCGCCAACCCCCAGGGCGUACAACCCGCUAACCAACGCGUGGGAGCAGCCUUUUUCCCACCCUCACGGUGGCACCAGGGGAAACCUCACACUUCCCCCUUCUCCCCUCCUCUUCCCCCUCUCCCUUUCCCCAGGGCGUACAACCCGCUAACCAAUGCGUGGGAGCAGCCUACAGUAGCAGCAGGGGGGCCUCAUGCGCAGCCGCGGUCCAAUCACGCUGCGACAGGUGUCGGGGGCGGGAUGGCAGUGGUGCAUGGGGGGCGCGUAAAGAAGGAGCGCUUGGAUGACCUCUGGCUGCUGCAGGCCAAAGCCCCGCCACACAGCACACCGCCAUCACCCCCAUCCGCUCAUCUCUCUGCACCCAUCUCCCUCGCCUGGCACCGCAUCGCCACUCUCCCCUCCUCCGCGCCCAUGCCCGCCGUGCCUGCACGUGUGGGCGAGGGGGGGAAUGACAGAGGCGGGUGGGGGGGGAGCGGAGCAGUGGGGCCAGCAGGGAGGGCGGCGCACUCUGUGGUGCACUGGGGGCGGUCGCUCUUCCUCUUUGGCGGCUAUGGUGGCAACGACCAAUCAUACGCCGACCUCUUUGCUCUCCGGAACCUUCCUGCCGCCUUCCCAGCAUCCAGCCAAUCACCUGCUGCCACAUCUGCAGGCGAGCAUGAGCAUGGGGGAAGCGAGAUUCCAGGCCUCCAGUCAGCUGUCCCCAGACUGCUGCGAGCCAAUCGGGAGGCCACAGGAGGGAGGGGAUUAGAGGCUGGUGAGACACGAGUGAUGGGACAGCAGAAGCAGAAGCAGAAGCAGAAGCAGCAGCCACAGCCCACUCAGCAGCAGCGGCAGCAGCAGCAGCAGCAGAGGCAGAGGCAGCAGAAGAAGCAUCAGGAGCAGAAGCAGCAGCACCAGAGGGAGCAGCGGGAGUGGAAGGCAGUGCAGCGGCAGCAGCUGGACCUGGUGGGUGGCGACGUUCGGCAGCUAUUGAGGCAGAGUCCUUUCGCUGGCAGGGAGAGGGGCGGCAGGCGAGGGGAGGAGGGGUCUGGAGAGGUGAGAGGGAGGGGGGCAAGGGAGGAGGGAGAGGAGGGCGAUGGGGGAAGGGGAGGGGAUGUGAGGGGAAUGGGAUUUGGAUUGAGGGGAGGGGUGGAGGGAGCAGCAGCGGCAGGGGUUGGGACGGCGAAGGGGGGUGGAGCUGUGGGCAUAGAUAGGCUGGGUCUAGGUGUGGGUAGGGAAGGAGGCUCAGAUUCCGAGGCAUCAGGUUCGGAAACAGGUCCGGUGGGUGGGGAUGAGAGGGAGGGUGGGGCGAAGAGAAGGAGGAUGGACCAAGAUCAAACUUUUGCUGCCGGGAAGAGGAGAGAUGGGGAGGAGGGGCAUUCAAGAGGAAGGAGGGGAGUGGGGGGAAGGGGGGAAGGGGUCAGAGGCGCAGAGAUGGCGGGAGGAGGGGCAGCUAUGACUGCAAGGGGAGAUGAGGGAGGUGGCGGGGAGGUGGGACGAGGGGGGAUGACCUGGGGAACAUUGGGGGGAACGUUGGGGGGAACGUUGGGGGGAACGUUGGGGGAAACGUUGGGGGGAACGUUGGGGGAAACGUUGGGGGGAACGUUGGGGGAAACGCUGGGAGAAGCGGUGGGGAGUAUGCUUGGCAGGGAGAAGAGAGUGGGAUGGGGAGAAGUGAGGGGUUGUGAGGGGGAGAGGCUAGGAGACAGUGGCGCAGAGUUGAGGGGAGGUGGGGAAGGAGGAGUAGGGGAGGAAUGGGGAUGCAUGGACUUGCGCGAGGAGAGGGCAGGAGGUCAUGAGCAGGGAGGGGAGCAAAGGGGGAAGGAGGGGGGUGAGCGUGGGGAGACGAGAUUAGGCAGAGGCGGGAGUUGUAGGGAUGGUGCUGUGAUGAGAGCAGGGGUUGGGGUGACGGGAGAGAGGGGGGUAGCAGGUGGGGCGGUGGGGGCAGAGGAGAGGGGCAACUGGCGCACAGGCAGGGCAGGGGCAGUUGGGGUGGAGAGGUGUGGUGGAAGCAAGGGGAGGGCGGGAGAGGAGGGGAGAGAGGUGGUGAGGGAGCGAGUGGGGGAAGCACAAGGGAUAGAGAUGGAUGGAGUGGGAGAAGUGGGAGGAGGGAAGGGCGUGCAUGGAGCGAAGGAGGUGCAAGGCGUGCAUGCGAUGGCUAUGGGCAUGGAGGAGCGUCUUGCAUCGCUGGAGCGAGAUGCGCUUCUGCGAGCGGCCAUGGAGCAGCAGAUUCGGACGCUCUCACACGAGCUCGCAGCCGCCAGGGCUGAGGGGGCAGCUGCGAGGGCGAAGGGCGAGGCAGCGCGGAGGAGGCUGGAAUGUUCCGAAAAGGAGCUCGCAGCAGCGAAGGCAGAGGGGGCAGCAGCAAGAGCACAAGAGAUGGUGACAAGGGCAACGCGUGAACGGAUGCAGAAGGAGGUGUCAGCAGCGAGGGAGGAGAGGGAGGUGGCGAGAAAGUUAGUGCAGCGAUGUGAGGGUGAGGUGAGGGCAGCACGGGCGGAGGGGGAGGCGGCGAGGGCAGCAGCGAGGGAGGAGGCGGUGCAGAGGGCAGCGGCAGAGAGGGAGCUGCGUGGAGCUGUGAGCUCUUUGGAAGCUGAGCUGGCUCGUGCCAAGGCACAGGGUGACGAGGAGCGGCGGCAGAGGGAGGUGCAGAGGCGGAAGGCGGAGGAGCAGCAGCAGCGGGCGUGUGAGCUAGAGAGGCACGUGGGGGAGGGCGAGGCGAGGAUGAAGCAGCUGGAGGCACAGCUAGCUCAGGCGACUGCGGAGGCUCAGGAAGCAACUAAGCGGGCGAGCAGCCAGCAGCAGGAGGCUCAGAAGCUCAGAGGAGAAUUGCAGGAAGCACAUGAGGAGCUGUCAUCUCUGCAUGCUGAGGUGGCAUCGCAGCGACAAUCCAUGGAUUCCUUGAAAACCGCCCAUGCUCAGGAGCAAUCCCGAGCAGCGCAGCAGCUUGCCGCAGUUCAGGCGCAACUGGGGGAGGUGCAGCAAGAGCAGCAGCAGCUGCAGCGGGCUCUGAGAGAAGCCCAGCAGCACAGCGCCCAGGUGGAGACGGAGUGGCGGCAGCAGAAGCAGGCGGCGGAGGAGGAGCAGCAAAGAAGGGCGGAGCAACACAGGAGAGAAAUGGAGCAGAUGCAAGCAAGGCUCAUAGAGGCUGUGGGUCAGAAGCAGUGCGCAGAGCAACGCCUGGAAGAUUCCAGGAAGCGGGCUGAUGAGCUAAGCGAGCGGGUCAAGCAGGUGGAGCAGCGAGCAGAGCAGCACGUGGCAGCAGCGCAGCAGUGGAGGCAAACCGAGGCUCGCCUGCAAUCGUCUCUCCACAAAGUGAAGCUGGAAAGGCAGCGGCUGCAGAGUCAGGCCGACACACUCAGAGGCUAUGCCGGUUUGACUGGCGCACCCGGCACAGCAUUUGAGACGUCUCAAAAGUUCCUUCUUGUGUUGUGCCUUCUGUGGUGUUCGCAGGGCGCACCUGGCACGGCACCAGGCGGUGCAGCAACAGAUGGAGAGCAGCUGGCAGCAACUGCGAGGCAGCACUGA